AUGGCCAAGAACAGCAAAAAGCGUGGACUGAAGGUCUACUAUAGCAAGACGCUCGGAACGAUAACCGAAAGCAACAUGACUUUUGGCUUGAUGGUCCAGACGAAGAUGGACCGAAGGCUGCUCCCAAGGAUGACCCGCCAGUUAAUGAACCAUCCCCCGGAAAGAUUCCUUAAAGAAGUCGCCGCCUCAUAUCAAUCCACCGCAGAUAGUUGGAUAUUGGCAAGGCGCUCUUCAGGAGCUGCCAAGCUAGAAAGAGUCCUCACCGAAACCUUCGUCAGUGAGCCUGCAAAAAAGCCUAAACAUCAUGAUAGUUCCCAUUGCAAGGCCGAGUCAUCAAGAGGCCACCCAAACCAAAAUAUGGCCUGGGAAGAUCCCCCACCAACAAUCCAACUUAGGAGGGACCCCCCAAGUAGACAAGAAUUACUAAAGACCGAGAACCAAGCAAAGACGGACCCAAAGCCAAGCGGUCAUACAACUCCAAAGGACCAUCCGAAGCAAAGGGAAGGAGAGAGAGCGAAAGGAACAUACGAAGCCAAAGGAAGAUAG